GAAGCUCCCAUUAUUCAUCGCUACAAUUUGAUUUGUUUUGGGUAUUGGUUACGUUGUAAGUUGCGGAAUUUUUCAGUAGCAACAAAAAGAUGCAGGAAAUUGUCAAGUCGCGUUUUCAACUUUUACGCUUGUCUUCUAUUCAAUUCUUAUGUUCUCGUUACUGUUUCGUGUUGGGUUUGAAAACAAGUAGUUCCUCUGUGGUUGCGAGACAGAAGAAGACGGCGUCCACCUCUAGACGCAAAAGAGCAACGAAACUCAAACAGCAACAUACCACAAAGGAGAUGAUGGAUUUACCUCUAUCAACCGAACAAGAGAUAGGUUCUGUGGAAGAGACAGAACCCAAUGGCAAUCAAUUGUGUCAUCUAUCGGAGGAAAUGAAAGGUUACGUAAAGUGGAUGCAAGAUGGACUUUUGAACGAAGAAAUUGGUACGAACCAGAAGCAAUGCGACUCAGGUUUGUCAGAACAAGUUGAUGUUGCAGUCUCAAAGGAAAGGGUUGAUCAUCGAAUCUAUUUAAGUCGUUGGCAAGAGCUCUUCCAGUUACCGAGUGCUCGAUAUCAGUCACUCAAUGAUGAGCGCUUGUUGAUGUUAAACAAAAGUGCUCCCAGUAUGACAAGAGUUUUAUUAUUGAUGGAAAAUGGGUUUCAUAAAUAACUGACUGAAAUUGUUUCAUUUCAUUCAUUGACUUGUUCAACCAUGAAAGGUGGAUGGUUGUGGACCAGAGGAAGUGGUUUCUUGUCUUUCACAACUGUAUCA